AAUUUAUAACUACUGAUGGAUUUUAUAACUGCAAGAAACGAAAUAGCAUUGGACAUCGGUCUGGCGAAAAAUGCGCCCCCGAACACGAAUUGUGCAGGAUGCGAGAAGCCACUGCAGACGCAGCUGCCAUGCGUUUCCGCCCCAAGAAUGGGCAACCUGCUGUGGCAUCCGGGCUGCUUCAAGUGCACCACCUGCAGCGACCUGCUUGUCGACCUGGCCUACUGCGUCUACGAAGACAAUCUCUACUGCGAACGCCACUACUCGGAAAACCUGAAGCCGAGAUGCGCUUCCUGCGACGAGCUUAUUUUCAGUGGGGAAUACACCAAAGCCAUGAACAAGGACUGGCACGGACAACACUUCUGCUGCUGGCAAUGCGACGAAAGUCUGACAGGACAACGUUACGUCCUCAGGGAUGAGCAUCCAUACUGCGUCUCGUGCUACGAAUCCGUUUUCGCCAACGGCUGUGAGAAAUGCAACAAAAUCAUUGGCAUUGACUCUAAGGAUUUGUCAUACAAGGAUAAGCAUUGGCACGAGGCCUGUUUCCUUUGCACUGCGUGCGGUGAAUCUCUAGUCGAUAAGCAAUUCGGUUCCAGAUCUGAUCGCAUUUACUGCGGAAAAUGCUACGACGAGAAGUUCGCCUCCAGGUGCGAUGGUUGCGGCGAAAUCUUCAGGGCUGGUACCAAGAAGAUGGAGUACAAGACUAGGCAAUGGCACGAGAAGUGCUUCUGCUGCGUGAUGUGCAAAACGCCGAUCGGCACCCAGAGCUUCAUCCCACGCGAACAGGAGAUCUACUGCGCCAAGUGUUACGAGGAAAAGUACGCAACUCGUUGCAUCAAGUGCAACAAGGUGAUCACCAGCGGUGGCGUGACCUACAAGAACGAGCCAUGGCAUAGGGAGUGUUUCACUUGCACGAACUGCCAGACAAGUUUGGCAGGCGCUCGCUUCACCAGCCGCGACGAUAAGCCCUACUGCGCCGACUGCUUCGGUGAACUCUUCGCCAAACGCUGCUACGCCUGCAGCAGGCCGAUCACCGGCAUCGGCGGCACCAAGUUCAUCUCUUUCGAGGACAGACACUGGCACAACGACUGCUUCUACUGCGCUUCCUGCCGCACCAGCUUAGUCGGAAAGGGUUUCAUCACCGACAACACCGACAUCAUCUGUCCCGAAUGCGCCAAGCAAAAACUCAACUAAUAGAUCUAUUUACACAAUCGUAUAGUAUGCUCUCUCGUAUUUUCUACACUUCAUCUUAAAGAUUUUUUUCGUCGCCGAAGAGAGAAGGGCUUCGUAAUUACCGUUUCUUUUUAUAUAUAUAUUAUAUUAAUCUUAUUGCCAAUAAAUACACACACACACACACAACAUUUAAAACUAUACACACACACGCAAAACGCGCGCAAACACGAUACACAGAAAUGAUACAAAACAACAAAAUUUAAAAAAAGAACGCACACUAUUUGUACAUAACAUUUUCUAGAAUAUUUAAUAACCUUUUUAGAAGAUAUUUAAAAUAUUUUAUAUUAAACAAACAAAAAAAAAGUAUAUAAGAACCUACAGUCAUAAUUAUACAAUUAGUACUACAAAAAAAGAGAGCCAUAACUCCUGGUGUGUAAAAUGCAUUUUACAACACUUUGCGAGUCUUUAUUUUUGUAUUAUAUAGUAUAUGAACAAUUUCUAUCGCGAAUGCGCAACCCAAACGGAAAGCCUUAAUAAUUAUUAACUCGCUUCGGAUAUACCGUAGACAUAUUCUAAAUAAUA